CCGUGCGCCUCGCGUCCACCUAACCGCCAAACCCUUCACAACGCCGUUCCACGUAAUUAUACUAAGAAAAUACAAACCAGUUGUGUUUAUAAAAUGUUGUGGUGACCAGUGCACGGGUUCAGUGUGGUUUCUCGUGUAAUUGUGAGCUACUGUUGUGUUGCAUGUGUGAACCCGAUGGGGUCGGGAGUGCGCGGGAUGAUGGUCGCGACUCGCCGGCCAGUACAGAACAGCUAACAAAAUGCCCCGAGAAAGAGAGGACAGCGGCGGAUUGCGUGGCGAUAGGUAGCAGGUUGCGUGGCGCCAUGGGCACACGCCCCCCGGCCCAGUGGUGGCCACAACUAUGGGCCACCGUGGUGAGGAGUCUACUCCUGAAGAAGCGGGACACUAGGAAGACGCUGGCGGAGGUCCUGGUCCCCCUCUACUCGCUGGGCGUGCUGAUCUUCCUGAAGAUGCUGGUGCCGAACCCCAACUUCCCCGAAGUGCGCAAGCCCGGCCGACUCCUGCGCAUCCACCACGACGCCUUCCCCGAGAACCAUUCCGUCGCCGUCGUCGCUGACUGGGGCAACGCCAAUGGGACUGUUGCUUUCCUGGACGAGAUCAACGGUCUUCUAAUGGACUCCGGUCAACACGCUGUGCACUGGAUCAGAUACAACAACACCACAGACCUGAAUGACGCGUACCAUGGCGACGCCAGGAACUUCCCCAUUGCUGUCAUCUUCCAUUCCGACCCUGGAGCUUUCGGAGAACCGCUUAGAUACACAAUCCGCACGAACCCGUCGCGCGUCGGGACCCCAUCCACUCGCACUCUGAUGACGUCACCGGCCAAGUGUCGAGAGCGGACUGCAGUCAAAGACUGGUCAUCCGACUGGUCCAGAGGGGGCCAGCUCAUUCCUCUCUCAGAGAUGCACAGGGAGGAUGAAUGUCCUGUUUUACAGUACUACUAUUCUGGGUUCCUGGCGCUGCAGACGCUGAUCGAUUAUGUUAAAAUUAAGCUGGACACAGGCCAAUCAUUUCCCCCUCCACGCGUGGAUUUGCGCCAGUUUCCAAAACGCCAGCACACAGGAGACUGGCUGGUCAUCUUCCGCGUCAUCAUGCCGAUGUACAUGGUGAUGACGCUGUCACAGUUCAUCACCUACCUGCUGAUGUUCGUCGUCGGGGAGAAGGAGAAGAAGAUAAGAGAGGGAAUGAGGAUCAUGGGGUUAAAAGAUUCUGUUUAUUGGGGUUCCUGGUUCCUGAUUUACGCAGUGUUCGUCACGAUCCUCUCCAUCGUCAGCACCGUGCUGCUGUUCACUCUCAAAGUGUUCCAGCAUUCCUCCUACAUCCUCAUCUUCCUGCUGAUGCUGCUCUUUGGGUUCACUAUUAUCACCUUCGCGUUUAUGCUGACUCCUUUCUUUGACAAGGCCAGGACGGCCGGCAUCCUGGGCAGUUUCGCUGUGAACCUGAUGAGCGGACUGUACUUCAUCCAGGUGUUUGUGUCCAACGCCGACAGCCUCGCCUUCUGGUUUGUCUCCCUCAUCAGCUCCAGCUGCUACGCCCUCGCUAUGGACAAGGCUCUGGUACUGGAUAUGGCUGGCGUUGGAGUGACCUGGGACAACCUGUGGAGCGGGCCGGGAGUACCAUUUGGAGGCAGCCUGAUCAUGAUGGCCGUCGACACGGUUCUCUACGGCCUCUUCGCCUAUUGGCUCGAUGCUGUUGUACCUAGUGAAUACGGCAUCAAGCAGAAGCCGUGGUUCUGCCUGCUGCCGUCGUUCUGGCUGGGCAGCCGCCGCGGCAGGGUGUCCGCCGUGCACUUCCACUCCAACGGCGAAGCUGCCAAUCAUAACAAGGAUAUAGAGCCAGUGCCAAGAGAACUCCAAGACAAAGAAGCCAUCAGAAUCGUUGGUCUGCAAAAGAGCUUCAGGCAUUGUCGGAGGCCUGAAGUCAAGGCUAUAGAUGGCAUUGACCUGAGCAUCUACGAAGGUCAGAUCACUGCGGUAUUGGGGCACAAUGGAGCCGGGAAGUCUACUCUGUUCAACAUUCUUACUGGAUUGACUGCGCCCACAGCUGGAACGGCGUAUGUGUAUGGACUGGAUGUUAGGGAUCCCAACGAUAUGUACGAGAUCCGCCAGAUGAUUGGUGUUUGUCCUCAGCAGGACGUUCUGUUUGACCUGCUUACCGUCAAGGAACACCUGCAGUUCUUCGCUGCUGUCAAGGGUAUACCCAGCAAAAGGCGUCCAGCUGAGAUCACCAAGGCUUUAUCAGAAGUGGGAUUGCUGGAACAGGCCGGGGUCUUCUCCAAACACCUCUCCGGGGGACAGAAGAGAAAGCUCAGUAUAGCCAUCGCGUUUAUUGGAGAUCCUAAGAUAAUAAUCCUGGACGAGCCAACAGCUGGCGUGGAUCCAGUCUCCCGAAGACAGACGUGGCGCAUCCUGCAGCGCGCGCGCAGGGGAAAGGUGCUACUCCUCACCACGCACUUCAUGGACGAGGCGGACAUCCUGGGGGAUCGGAAGGCUGUCAUCAGUAAAGGCAGAGUGCGUUGCGCAGGAACGUCGCUAUUUCUGAAGAACAAGUUUGGUAUUGGAUACCAUCUGACUCUUGUAUUGGAUGGAGCUUGUCGCGAGCACCAGAUCACCCGCCUGGUCCGCGGUCACGUCCCGCGCGCGGAGAAGGCGCGCCGCCAUGGCCGCGAGCUGUCCUACAUUCUGCCACACUACGCCGUACACUUGUUUCCGCCGCUCUUCCAGGCCAUAGAACAUGAGAUCAAGGAGAAGACCAAUAGACUUGGUAUAACAAGCUACGGCGUAUCCAUGACAACGUUGGAAGAGGUAUUCCUCAGCCUGGAGGGGGAGAAUGACGACGAGAUAGAGGCGGUUGAGGGCGUGUCCUCCGUGAAGCUGGUUAGGGCGCGUGCGCUGUCUAGGAGCCUAUCCCUACAGAGCAAGACGCUCAGCUAUCAGGAGUUAAACGACAAAGACCAGCAAAAGGCGACAUCUCUGCCGACCCCACCGGCAUCACACGCGCUCCACUCCACCACCCACGGGGUGGAGCACGUCAAGGUGACCCCAGAGGUCUCAGUGGAUGCCCUGGGUGAGCUGGUGAAAACCAGUCCCUCGUGUUGGAGGACCUUCUGCGCUCUAGUCUACAUCAGGACUGUCAGAAUGAUCAGGGAUCCGUAUAAACUCUACGUGAUGAUCUUCAUGCCAAUCAUAUCCUGCGCACUGGGUCUCUACAUGAAAUCGCGCCAGAUCGUAUUUUUCCGGAUGCAGCCAUUAAAGUUAGACCCCAGCGCCUACUUCAACAACACUCCUAUAGCACUAUUUAGUGAACAGGAGAACACUAAAGAAAUAAUAGACUUGAGAGAAUCUCUAGAGUCUAUGGGAGCUUAUCCCAUAGUGGACUUUAAUGGGAACUUCUCCAGUCUUCUGGAUAUGGAGAACUUCGCUGCGUACAACUUGAAGGACAGUCUCAUCCCAUAUGGGAAGAUCAUGGCUUACUACAACAGCACCUACACGCACAGUUUACCGAUUAUAGUUAAUUUAUUGGACAAUAGUAUUUAUAGGGUUUUAAUGUCGGCGUCAAACCUGAUGGAGAACUUCAGGCCGAUCGAGGUCUUCGCGCACCCAUUCCAGCAGACCGAGCAGCAGGAGGAGUUCAACCUCGGCAACGUGGUCUGCGCCAUCUUUAUGGGCAUGAUCUUCGCGCUGGUCCCUGUUACUCUGGCCGUCGAUAUUGUCUACGAUCGGGAGAUAAAAGCCAAGAAUCAACUACGCGUGAACGGUCUCUCGAUGAGCAUGUAUUUCCUUACCUACUUCACCAUCCUCAUCUUUAUCAUGGUGGUCACCAGCGCGGGGGUUCUUGUCCUAGUUAUCCUGAACGACAUACCGAGCCUGAACAACGGUUCAGCCAUCACGAUGCUCUGCUUUCUGCUCAUCCUGUACAGUCCAUCCGCCAUCUUGUUCAACACCUGCCUCUCGUACAUCUUCGACAAGAUGGACUCCGCGCAGAGCAUCAUGCCUAACAUCACCACUUGGGUUGGAGUCAUACCGUUCAUACUGGUUGCUGUUCUGGAUACUUUUAAAUGGGGAAGUGACAUCGCGUUCUACCUGCACCUGGUCUUCAGUUUCCUGGACGUCAUGUACAUACCUUACGCCAUCAUCUACUACGUUGACAGAGUCUUCGUAACCUGUAACCUACGUGGGCUCUGCACGACGCCGGCGCUGUCCAUUUACUUCACGGCCGAGGUGUGGGUGUUGAUCGUUGCCAUGCUGUUCCACGUGCCAAUAUGCGGGGCAGCGUUACUGGCCGCUGAUAGGCUCAAAUCUGGCGGCAGGAUAUGCCCGCGCAAGCGCAGCACGGUGGCGCUGCGUACGGACGCGGAGGCGGAGGCGGGAGGCGAGGCGGGCGAGGACGAGGACGUGCGGCGCGAGCGGCGCCGCGUGCACAGCAUACUACACCAGCCGAGCGCCAACGCGCCCGUGCUCGUCGUGCACAACCUCCGCAAAGAGUACAAGGUCCGCGGCAGCGGUGGCGGUGGCUGCUGCGGCGAGGGCGAACCAGGUCGCAAGACGGGGCUCCAGCGACUCAGCCUGGCCGUCGAGGGUGGCGAGGUCUUCGGGCUCCUCGGGCACAACGGCGCCGGGAAGACCACCACCAUGAAGAUCAUCACAGCUGAGGAGAGGCCUACUUGCGGCACGGUGAUGUUGGGUGGGCAAAACAUCGACGAGUCCCAGUCAUCGGCAUUCCAGAUGCUGGGCUACUGUCCGCAGCACGACGCGCUGUGGAAAAAUGUCACCAUUCGCGAGCACAUCGAGUGCUAUGCCGCCAUUCGGGGGGUCAGCAAGCAGGACACGCCUAGGAUAGUAGACGCGUACCUAAACGGCCUCCAGAUAAUGGAGCACUCGGGGAAAAACGCGGAGGAGUGUUCAGGGGGCACGCGGCGCAAGCUGUCGUUCGCGUUGGCCAUGGUGGGCGCGCCCAGGGUCGUGUUGCUGGACGAGCCCUCCACGGGCAUGGACCCGCGUAGCAAGCGCUUCCUCUGGGACACCAUCCUGGCUAGUUUCCAGGGCAAAAAAGGUGCUAUUCUGACGACACAUUCCAUGGAAGAGGCUGAUGCUUUAUGUUCUAGAGUCGGAAUUAUGGUUAAAGGUGGUUUGAGGUGUGUCGGUUCAACGCAACAUUUAAAGAAUCUGUAUGGUGCAGGAUAUACGUUAGAAAUGAAGAUUGGGCAAGGGAAUCAGAAGACAACGAUGGACCCAGAGUCGAUGUCGCCGUCUCCACUGAGGUCAACAGAAAACUCUCCGUCGUUGGGGGAAGCUGAUGAAGGUGGAUCAGGUCGGGGGUCGGUGUCAGCGGAGGCAGAAGCAGAGGUGGAAGUAGAGGCGGUGGACGUAAGCAUACACACGCCCCUUGUCGCUGGCACUCCACCACCGCCGCGCAUGCAGCAUCACAGCAGAAACGAAUCAUGCGGUGGCGGUGCGAACGCGGAGGCGGCGAUAGCUUUAGUGGGGCAGCUGUUCCCGUCAGCCGUAUUGGAAGAAAACUUCUCGGAGAGGCUGGUCUUCUCCGUGCCACAGUCCUCCGUCUCCAGUCUGGCCAGAUGCUUCCAACAGAUUGAGGAUGCGAAAGAGAAAUUGAACAUCGUGGAGUACAGUUUCAGUCAAACCACUCUAGAGCAAGUGUUCCUGAAAUUCGCACAAUCAGAAAACGUCGAAUCUUCAGACCAAGAACAUUAAUAGUAAAACGUUGAUAUUAGUAUUGUAAGUUAAUUUAACAGUUACAAUCGCGGUUUAUUUGACUUGGUGUCGAAUAUUAUUCGCCUAUAGAGUUAAUGUGCCUAUAAUCCUGGGAUAAUAGCUGUAAGUCAACGUUUAGAAAGGGUUAGCAAGUUUGUUUAAAUAUUAUAAUUUGAUAUGGAGUACAUAAAUACUUCUACAUAAAACCCGUAACCUCAGCAAGUCAAAACUGUAGUGCAGUACACAUAUACGUACAAACUACACCUUAAUUUACGUGAUAAUAAUAAUCAAAUGUAUUUAAGUGACGAACACAAAAUGGCGACACUAGUGUCGUUACAAAAUGGCGCCGAAAGUAUUGCAACAAGAUGGCGCCAAGUCAAAAAUAACCGCGAUAAUUUUGUGCUUUCAAAGAGGAAACUGUAAAAUAAAAUCGCUUCGGAUACCAAGUAAGAUAAAGUAGUUUAUUUCAUUGUUUUACAAGCUUCAGUGAAGAGAGAGUAUUGUCUAGGUAUAGCUUAGGAUGUUGAUGGGUGUAUUUUUUAUAAUUUGAUACGUUUAGUAGCCAGUUUUUUACCAUAUACACUCAUUAAAUGAGAUUAGUAUCGUUUGCCGUUGCGUGUGUUACUUACUUCUUUAAAUGAAAUGAUCUAUUAAGUAGAAUAAGGUCCCUAAAAAAGUUUGGAAGCUUAACGACUACCACUAAUUUAAAAAGAAAAAACAUUUAAGUACUUAAUUUAAAAAAUAACAAUACCCCGGGGUUUUUAAAGUUAAUUAUGUAAGUACCUAAUUCUCGGGGUUAUUUAAUGUUGGCAGAAACGACGCUGUUAUAAAAAAACUUAUAAUGAUUUAAAAAAUAUUUUCGCCAUGCGAUAAGUAACAAACGCAACGCGUAUUAUUAUGUACAUAAUAUAUAAAUAAUUAAUUAAUCAGUCUCUGCAUACGGUCUAAAAAUAAAUAAAAUUCUACCAUUCUGUAUUAUACGGCCGACAAUGGCCCCGAUUCCUGCAGACACCUCCUAAUUUUAUUUUAAGUUAUACCCGUCAUUUUCUUAUCCGCCGAAAAGGAAAGGGACGGUUGAUUGUCAACAAGGUAAUUUUAAAACGAAUGAAUAACCCGUGCGGAUAAAAUAGGCAUCUCGCUGGUAUGCAAUCCGAUUGACGUGCUGUCUACUUAACUCUGUCGGGUUAUUGGCCGAUGUAGAAUUUUUAUUCGGUUGUUUUCGAUUUCUGCUUAAAAUUGACGUGUGUUCCAUAAAUUUUAUGCUUGUCGAUUGGGUCCCUUUCUUUUUCAACGGAUAAGAAAAUGAAAGGUAUAACUUAAAAUAAAAUUAGAUGGCGUCUGCAGGAAUUAGCACCAUUAUGUACAGACUAUAAUUUAUUGUAUCAAAUAGUGUAUUUAUAAUUGUUUAGCUUUAUUUGCAGUGCCUGAAGUUUAGUAACGCAAAGUACAAUAUAGGUGGCGUUGCAACAAGACCGUACGAUGUUCUACUGACCGACUGCAGCCAUUGUUUUAUUAUGAUGAUGGCAUUCACUACGUGGCUAGACAAAUGGAGAGCGCUAAGGGCUCUCACUCGGUACAAAAGAUAACUGGCAUGAGGGUGCCCAGGUGGGCGCGAACCUUACCCGAGGUUGAUCACGCCAAUACAAUAUCAUAAAAGCAAAGGCCACAGAUCGUCACUAGGACGCUAAGUAUAAACAAACUUUCUAUGUAAGUAUAUCGCGUUCUAUUUUUAACGUGUUAAGACAAUGAAUUGUCAAAAUGAUUUCCAUUUAUUAUUCCAUUUAUUUUUAAAAACGCGAUAAUACUUUUCAGUAACAUCUUCGUGUUAAUAAUUACAAACAAUAAAAUAAAUAAACUCGUAUCGCAUAGUAUCUAUUCAACAUUGUAUUAAUAAUAGGACACUAUUAUUGUUGAAAAUAUUUAUUUUAUUUUAAAAAACGUGUUCUAAAUGCCUUUCUAGUCCGUGUUAUGUUUAGAACUUUUAUUGUAGUGGUUUUUUUAUCGAUCACGAUCAAAAUCGCCAUUAAGAAUAGUUAAUAAAAUGUGAUUUUUCUCUAGUCAACUUGUGUGACCUGUAUUUUUUCAUCUGGCAAGACCUUUUAAGUUGUCGUAAUGUAUCAACCAAUGACGUUAAUUUAUGACGUGAUAUAACCGCCUAUGAUUGGUUGAAAUUUCGUUCGUUUUCGAACGAAGUAUACUAAGUAUACUCUGUUAUAUAUAGUUUGAUUAAUUUGACAUUUGCUUACAUGUCUCUUUCGCACUAGACUGUAUACUGUAUUUCUGUCCUUCUGUGAAAUUAAUCAAGCUAUGUUCAAUAGAGUAUAAGGGUUUAUUGUAUAAGUAUAGAGGAGGAAGUUUACGAUACGUAUAAGUACUUAUGUGACGAGCAUUAACAUUUAUACACUUUACUACCAUGUCACAUUAACUUCAUUGUCAAAUCGAACUAAGAGUCUCACUAAAUAUCAAAUAUUUUAAUGCGACAGGGUUACUUUAUUAAUUAAUAAAAAAAGUAGAAAUGUAUACCCAUUUCCUAGGUGUACAUGUUAGGUAUUGGAAAAGCACAAUGAUCGAAAGCUCGAAUACAUUUGACGUUUACUGAAACUUACAUUUCAAUUUGUUAAAGAAGUUAAAGUGACAUGGUACUAAGUGUAUACAUACCAAUGCUCGUGACAGUACAAUCUUUCAAAAAAAGUAACAUUAUACACUUUCCUUAAACAAUAACCCUUCUUUGUUGAUUGAACGGGUGAAUUUUUGAAAUUACCUCUUUACGUAAUUACGGGGGCGUUUAUUAGCAUUGUUUUCGUAAUAAAUAAGGACAUCAUAGACCAAAUUGCUCCACCGAAAUAACUUGGACAUUUUCAAAAUUUCAUCCGAAUAUAAGUAAGUAGAUUGUUAAGUAUUGGUAAACCAAAGUGAUCACGUAGUAUCUCAUAAUUACGGCUUAGCUUAUGUUUUAUUUUUAAAUAUUUACAUUCAUAAUUAUUUAUUUCCAUUAUUAAAUUAUUUUAUAUUUAAAAAAUAUAUUCGAAACAUCUUAAUUGGUAUAAAAACUCAUAUAACUUCAUUAAGUAAUUGUUGUAUUAGUCUUGUUAAAAAACUAAAAACCUUUUAUAAACGUAUAUUUGUUACAAUUCUACAAGUUUUUAUUGGCAACACUGGUACAGACUUGCUUUAUGAUUGGUUGACCGUAAUAAUGUUGUUAACUGGUGGAAAAUUUGUAACAAAUAUUUUUAUAAAAGGGGAGUUCGAUUCUCUUGUAAAAUUCGUCUAAGGAACUCAACAGUUUAAUGGCAAUAUAGAUAAUGUACAAAUAAGAAAACCAAUAGUAAAUGGUGCCUAUAAAUGUAUGUCUGGAUUUCAAUAGUCAUUGUAAGACUCAUUUUUACUUUUUUUUUGUCUUUAUAAGUCUGUUUUAUUUCAUAAUUUUGCGAAAAUUUGAGAAAUUUGUCAGGGCUUUUUAGUAUUAUUGUUUCUUGAUUAAUUAUAGAAGCGGUUCCCUGAAAAUUAUUUCAAUUUCUUUUUUAUAAUUGUAGGCAUAAAAUAGUCUUAGCAUACUGCUUAGACAGACUACUGAUCUAAGUAUGGAUCAAUAGUCUUUAUGAAAAGCUGUUUUUAUGUACAAUCUAUUUUUUAUACUCGUCUUAUUAGUAUAAAAAAACAACUUAAACAUUGACUCACUUAUUACGUAUUUGGGAAUUUUCGUCCCAGAAAAAUUUACCCAAUCAUCCCCUAUGACACCAAGUGGAAGUGGACAGUUGAGAAGUUUUAUCACCCGGGUGACAACUGGGAAGACAUUUCAUUAUUUCAUCAUCAUUUCAGACAUUAAAAUAUUUCUUUAUAAGAUGAAUUGAUUCUAUGUGGUCUUUUUAAGCCCCACUGUCCACACCUAUUAUUAUUUGGGUGAAUCUCAAAAUUUCAAGUUUGGUGGCGAAAUUACAUAUUAUUUUUUCGUGAAAAAUUGGGUUCCGACAUGAAAAAGAUCCAAAAGGAUCCUCGGUUCCGACAUGAAAAAAAUUUCAAUUUUGGAAUUUUUCAAUUCCUAAUUCUCCCAAUUUCCUCAAUUUUUCACGAAAACAUUAUAUGACAGUCGCCACCAAACUUGACACAUUUUGAUAUUCACCCAUUUACGACCUAUUACUAAAACUAUUUUAUGUCUACAUUUUCUAAACAAAUGUUAGUAGAAUUAAAAUAUGAAUAAGGCAGCAUUAGUUCGUAAGUCGGUUUUCAUUGGCAAGUGCUUAUAAGUACACUGAAUGAGUGAAUGAAUGAUGGAUUGAUGAGUGAAUGGAGAAUGGAAUGGUUUUGUUUUUGUAAAGGCAAUGGGGGACUAUCCAGGCUACGUUCCUCAAAAACAAUAUAGAUGACGUUGUAAAGAUUUUUCUUUGUUUAACCUAAUUUCAUGGAUAACAGACAUAUGCAUCUUUCAUCUUUAUUUUUGGGAAUGAGGACCCUUUUUAUGCACCCAGGCACAACACAUCAUCCACCCAUUAUUAUUUUGAACAACAUAUUCAUAUUACCUUCAUAUUAAUCUUGUGUUUGUUAUUUUGCAUGCUGUGUUUACUUGUAAUUAGUCUCUACACUUAGCUUUAUAUACAGUUGAUGUUACCCUAAGAAUACACUGUGUAAGAUGACUGUAAGUAAACCAAUAAAUAAAUAAACAUAAUUAUAUACAAAAUCUGAUCUAAAUAUGAAAUGAAAUGAAAUAUAUUUAUUGUGGAUCAUAGGUACAGUACAGGCGUUCAUAUCAAUUAUAAAUUGUUUCAUCCAGCUAUAUCCCGCCAUAUAGGCAUACAAUGUUAGUUAGGUCUUAUAAAUCUAGUCUUGCUCGUAAACACAUUUUACACAUAAUCAUUAUUAGCGUUACAAUAUUCAUAAUAUCAAAUACAAUAAUAAUACAAUCAAAUUGUCACCACAUAUACAUUUAAUUUAAUUCAUAUAAUAUCAUUUAAGUAUUCAUUCGGAGUAUAGUAACAUUUGGUCUUUAACAUAUCAUGCAGUUUAUUUUUAAAAAUAUU